GCUUUUCAAGUGCCUCUGAAUAUACAAAUCCAUGAUGGCGGAGAUCAGCAAGCACCUUUUCGACUCAAUCUGCCGCGACCUCCACUGCAGCCAGAUUGUUCACCCGUGGACUAAAAGUUGUUUUGACGUCUGGCCCAUACUGCAGUUCUUCAUUGGCAGCGCUAAGUUUUAUUUAGUAGUGCAUUUGGUCCAAAAUCUAUUAAAAGGCAAAAAAUUCAAAACCCGCGAGGAUGUGCGGAGAGCGCUAGAGUACUACUUGAGGUCAACAUUGCUGGGGGCACUCGUCUGCUCCACGAGCGUAAGCGGCGCCUGCUUUUUCAGAUGGCUACUAGGACGAAGAUUCAACUACUACACAUACAUCUUCAUACCCAACAUGCUGAACGGCUUGUUCAUCCUGCUAGAACCUCCUUCUAGAAGAGGACUCGUCGUUAAUUUGUUCUGCAAUAUGGUUGUGGAAUACUGGUUGCGGUCGUUAGAACACGCCGGUUGGAUAAGGAUAACAAAGCUUAAAAUGACACUUUUGUUUAUGCUGGGUAGCUCUCUACUCUUCUAUCUUAUGAGGUUGGAAGGAGAGAAAACAAAACGAACGCCAUUACUCUGGCUGUAUACACCGGAAAAAGUGAAACACAAAGAGCCGGGAGAGACUCCUUGUCCGCACAGUGGGCCGUGCUCUAAAUACAUCUUGAAGGGCACCGCAACGUACUUCAGCGCAGGGCUGGCAUUCACAGUAGUGAACCUGCUACGACCGCUCCUCAAGUCUCCGCUGACAACCCUAAGCAGCCUCAGCGGGAAGCACCUCAAGUUGGCCAUGUUCCUCGGCAGCUAUAUCGGUAUUUACAGACUUAUCAUCUGCUGGUUGUGUCACAAGCGGGGGAGUGACUCAGCGGCGCACGCGCUGCCAGCCGGCGCGAUCGCGGGCCUGUCCUUCCUGUUCAAGCCCAGCCUCGGUGUCGCGAUAGCGGCCUUAUCUGGCGCGUUCAAAAUUUUCUCCACAACCCUGUAUGAGAAGAAGAUGAUCACGGAGAAGGUGGAUCUGCCCCUGAUGCUGUACUGCCUCAGCCAGGGCACGCUGUUCCACGCGCGCUGCAUGCAUCCCCGAGCCUGCCCGUCCUACGUCUUCAACCUUAUCAAGUCUGUCUCCAACGGAUAUGUCGAUCUCACAUACGCUAGUAUAGAAGAAGCUAUCAAAAGACGUGUGAUGUAAGAAGAAAAUGUGAAAAUUAGGAAAAUGUAAAUAAUAAAUAGACACUACGUCAUUACAACUGUA